AUGUAUCAUGAUGUAAAAUUUUUAACCUAUAAAGACCGGAAAAGAAUUUUGAUCACUGGGGGAGCCGGGUUUGUAGGAUCCCACCUGGUGGACAGACUAAUGUUAGCUGGUCACGAGGUCACGGUGGCUGAUAAUUUUUUCACCGGAAGAAAACGGAACGUGGAACAUUGGAUUGGUCACGAAAAUUUUGAACUAUUACAUCACGAUAUUGUGAAUCCUUUAUAUAUAGAAGUCGACCAGAUCUACCAUUUAGCCUCUCCGGCUUCACCUCCUAAUUAUAUGUACAAUCCAAUCAAAACCAUUAAAACUAACACCAUCGGUACCAUUAAUAUGUUAGGACUAGCUAAGAGAGUUAGAGGUAGAAUGUUGUUGGCCUCGACAUCUGAAGUAUACGGAGAUCCUGAAGUUCACCCACAAGUAGAAGAAUAUUGGGGUCAUGUGAACCCUAUUGGACCCAGAGCGUGUUACGACGAGGGGAAAAGGGUAGCUGAAACAAUGUGUUAUGCUUACAAAAAGCAGGAAAAAGUUGAUGUGCGUGUCGCCAGAAUUUUCAACACAUUUGGUCCCAGAAUGCACAUGAACGAUGGACGUGUAGUUAGUAAUUUUAUUUUACAAGCCUUACAGAAUGAAUCCAUUACAGUGUAUGGAGAUGGUACUCAGACCAGGUCGUUUCAGUAUGUCAGUGAUCUAGUAGAUGGUCUUAUUAAACUAAUGAACAGUAAUUAUUCUGAACCAGUGAACCUGGGCAACCCUGAAGAACAUACCAUCAUGGAUUUUGCCAGGAUCAUUAAAGAUUUAGUAGGUGGCAGUAGUAGGGUAGAGAAGAGAAAAGCGAUGCAAGAUGACCCGAGAAGACGGCGUCCAGAUAUAACACGAGCUAAAAAAUAUUUAGAUUGGGAACCAAAGGUUUCCCUAAUGAUAGGCAUCAACCGAACUAUUAGUUAUUUUAAAAAUGAAUUGAGUCGAUCGCAUCAUAGUGAACGUAAUUUUCACGCCCCUGAGCUAGGUCUAGAUUAUUAG